GUUUACAAUUAGCAAAAGUACAAAUAAUUGAGCUGGAAAUGGCUGCUUCCUCUUGCAAUGUAAUAUAUAAUAAUGCUUAUGAAGACAAAAAGAUGGAUUAGGUGUAACAAAUCGCAAUAAAGUUAUAAACCACAAGUUGAAGGAGUCACCUGGCUUCCAAGGUAAAGUUCUCAUCUCUCUCACUUUCAGUCAACCUCAACCGACAAAGAAAAACUCCAAAUCUUGCAGUUCUUUCAAUACCAUUAUGGUAAUUUAUUCUACACCUUCUUUGGUCCCUCCGAGUUUGUUUGACAUUGACAAAUUAGCUAUUCUGUUCUAAAUUCUGUUCAAAUUUCUUGAGAUUUCACUGUGCCAUAAUUUUAAAAAUAGCAAUCAUUUGUAAGGCCAGCGAGAUUAAGAGACAAAGUUGCGGAUCCAUCGUAGUGAGUUUGGUCAAACACCAGGGGCUGGUCGCUGGGGAGAGAGUUUGGUUGACUUUUUCUGCACAGUGUGAUGAGGGAAAGUCAGAGUGAAGUGCGGCAGGGCAACUGGAGUUCAAUUUUAUAUUGUGGGUUGGGUAGCACAUGAUUAAGAUUUCUUUAAUCUCUUCUUUUGAGUUUUGUUUUGACUGUUGGAAAUGCCUUGAGAUUGCUUCACUCACUCUGGAGUUCCUUCUUUAUUUCUUUUCAGAUCUCUGAUUCUGUUCCGAACAAUCACUGCCUUUUCCUUUUCUUUGUCAACAAAGCUCAAAGUGUUUUCUCCUUCAUGCAAAAGUAAUAACAGAAAGCACAUGAAAUUUUGUUCUUUGCUUUUUCUUUUUCGUAUCUUCGAUCCACUUCAUCAGUUUCUGUUUGAUUAGAAACGAAAAGCUAUAUCUUUUGCAUGCUUUUGUUAUGAGGUUUGCAGCACAGUUUUGAGUUUCAGUUUCAAGAACAUGAAGACUUUCGGGGUUUCUUUCUCUUUUUGGUUUCCUGCUUUCAUUUUUGCUGUUAUCUUUCCAGUUUCAACAGGGCAACUUCCUCCAAGCGAAACCAGGAUUCUGUUUGAGAUUCAAAAACUUCUGGAGUAUCCUGUUGCUUUUCAGGGAUGGUCAAACUGGACCAACUUCUGCUAUUUACCUCCUUCUCCGUCACUCAAAAUUGUCUGUUCUGGUAAUCACAUAACAGAAUUAACUGUCAUUGGAAACAAAAGCUCUCCUUCCAAAGCUCCAAAAUCAGUUUCAGUGAGUUCCAUUCCUUCCCCGCAGACUCUUUCAAAUAGUUUUUCCAUUGAUUCCUUCUUCACUGUUCUCACCAAGCUUUCAAACCUGAGACUCUUGUCAUUAGUGUCUUUGGGAUUGUGGGGUCCUUUCCCUUCCAAAGUUAACAGGUUCUCGUCUUUGGAAGUGCUUAACAUAAGCUCAAAUUUUAUCUAUGGAGGCAUCCCUACAACAAUCUCAAAACUUCAAAGUCUCAAGAGCCUUGUUUUAGCUGACAAUUUGCUCAAUGGAAGUGUUCCAGAUCUUAGAGGCCUUGCAGUUCUUGAAGAGCUGAAUUUAGGACAGAAUCAACUAGGACAAAAGGUUCCUUCUCUGGGAGAAAAUCUUAUGAUUGUUAUACUGAGGAAAAACUUGUUCAGAUCUGAAAUUCCCUCAAGAAUCUUGCAACUCAAUAAGCUUCAGUUAUUCGAUAUCUCCUACAAUAAGUUUCUUGGGCCAGUCCAUGCCUCUCUCUUCUCUCUACCUGCAGUUCAGUAUCUCAACCUAGCUUAUAACCAAUUAAGUGGAGCGCUCUCUAUUAAUACAACUUGCAAUAGAAACCUUAAGUUUGUAGACAUUUCACAUAACCUUUUGAUAGGAAAAUUACCAUCUUGCAUCAGACCAAAUUCGUCAAAUCGCACUGUAAAUAUUUCUUGGAACUGCUUGUCAAGUGGAAGCUCGAAGGAUCAGCAUACUUAUUCCUACUGCCAUAAGGAGGCAAUGGCCGUGAAGCCUCCCGGUGACGUACAGAAACAGAAAAUUAGCAGCAAACUGGGUUUCAUGCUCGCUGUCAUUGGAGGCGCUGUCGGAAUUUCAGGUGUUGUUCUGUUAUUAGUUUAUGCAAUCAUUCGAAACAGAAGAAGAAGAAGAUUUGGAGAGACCAAAUAUGAGAAAUCUACAGCUGAUAAACUCUCUGUUCGUGGCUCUCCACUUCCUAACAGACAUGUACCCCAAACAAGGCUACCAGCACUUGGGUUGCCGCCAUAUCGGGUCUUCACAUUGGAAGAGAUCGAAGACAUCACAAAAAACUUCGACCCGUCAAACGUGGCCGCCAAAGAACCCCAAGCAAAGACGUAUAAAGGGUGGCUGCCAGAUGGUUCAGUGGUUCUGAUCAAGUGCUUUAAACUAAAGCAAAAACUUAUACCUCAAGCCUUAGCUCGACACAUGGAAGAACUGCCAAAUAUGAGACAUCGCCAUUUGGUCAGUGUUCUUGGACACUGCACUUUCACUCAUCAAGAUCAAUUAAACCCAGCUACCACUGUCUUCGUUGUUAAUGAAUACAUAUCCAACGGCUCAUUAAAGGAUUGUCUUACAGAUUGGAAAAGAAGGGAUGCUCUGAAAUGGCCACAGAGAAUGGGAAUAACCAUCGGGAUUGCUAGGGGAAUACAGCAUUUACAUACUGGAAUGGCAUCCGGCAUCUUUGGAAACGAUAUCAAGAUCGAUAGCAUUUUGUUGGAUGAGACGCUGUCUGCAAAAAUAAGCAAUUACAACAUUCUCAUGCCGCUAGAGAAUGCAGAGACCGGGUUGAAUGUGACAAAAAGAAGCGAGAAUCCAGAGAAGGAAGAUAUCUUUCAAUUUGGUGCUAUUUUGCUGCAAGUCAUCAAUGGUAGACCGAUUACAGAGACGAGUGAACUGUAUGAUCUGAAGAGUGAGUUCGAAAGUGGCUUGGCAGAGGUAUUGAAAUUACGGGGCGUUAUCGAUGCUUCGAUUCAGGGCUCUUUUGCAUUUGAUUCACUGAAAACCACAAUUCAAAUAGCCAUCAAUUGUCUCAGCAAAGAUCCAAACAAGCGACCUUCAAUUGAAGAUGUACUCUGGAAUUUGCAAUAUUCAAUGCAAGUUCAAGAAGGAUGGACAAGUAGUGGAAACCUCGGAACUUUCAUAUAGAUGAAAAUUAGUCCAUAAUGGUUGGGAAUAAAUGUAACAAAAGUUCACAAAUAUACAGCUCUAACCUGCCUGAACAUUUUACAAAUUUCAAAAGCCCUUGUACAUGUUGUGGCAGUAAAGCUUCAAAUGAAAAUCACAACCAUCACUUCAA